GCCGGCUGCCCGCCGGCUGAAGCAACGGACCGGGACCCGGGGCCUCUGCGCCGACCGCCACAACACAACCAACACCACCAGCACCACCACCAACACCACCACGGGGAGACAACGCCACCGCCGCGUGAUUUGCUCGUAAAUGCAUCACAGACAGGCAGCCCAGAAUGAAGAAAGCAAGCAGGAGUGUUGGCUCAGCGCCCAAAGUGUCUGGGAUUAAUAAAAUGCAAACAGUAGAGAAAACCAAACCCGAAAACGGCUCCUCAGCAUCUUCAGGAAGCAAACUUUCAAAAUCAGGGACAACAGCAUCGUUAUCUAAGACCAAAAGCAAUGAUGACCUGUUAGCGGCAGGGACGGCCGGAGGAGUGUCAGCGCCUAAUGGUGUCAAGGUAAAGAAAAGCACCUGCCCAGGCUCAACUUCCUCAACCACCAGUGCUGCCAUGAACAGUGUGGAGACCAAAUCCAAGAUUAGCACAGGUACAAGUUCUUCUGCAGCCAAACGGAGUACCUCAGCAGGGAAUAAAGAAUCCAGUUCUUCCAGAGAAAGAUUACGUGAACGUUCCCGAGUGAACUCGAGCAAAAAACUCCCUUCAUCUGGACAGGGAGCCAGCGAUGCGGCGUUGGCUAAGCGUUCCCGCAGCCGCACUAAUCCGGAGUCCGAUGUCCGGAUGAGCAAGUCUAAAUCAGACAACCAGAUCAGUGACAAAGCUGCUUUGGAGGCAAAAGUCAAAGAGCUCCUGACUUUGGCCAAAACGAAAGAUGUGGAAAUUCUCCACUUGAGGAGUGAACUCAGGGACAUGCGUGCUCAGCUGGGGAUUCAGGAGGACCAUCCCGAAGGCGACGACAGAUGGGAGGAGAAAGAAGCCAUCGUCGUUCACCAGCCGACUGACGUGGAGUCCACGCUGCUGCAGUUGCAAGAACAGAACACCGCCAUCCGGGAAGAACUCAACCAGUUGAAAAAUGAGAAUCGAAUGUUGAAGGACAGAUUGAAUGCUCUGGGCUUUUCCUUGGAGCAGCGGUUGGACAAUUCUGAGAAACUGUUCGGCUAUCAAUCUUUGAGCCCAGAAAUCGCAACCGGUCACCAGAGUGACGGUGGUGGUACUCUGACUUCAUCCGUGGAAGGGUCUGCCCCUGGUUCAAUGGAAGAUCUCUUGAGUCAGGAUGAAACUACCUUAAUGGACAAUCAGCACAGUAACUCCAUGGAUAACUUGGACAGCGAAUGCAGCGAAGUGUAUCAGCCCCUCACGUCAAGCGAUGACGCCUUGGAUGCCCCCUCGUCUUCCGAAUCCGAAGGCAUCCCGAGCAUAGAACGGUCCCGGAAGGGGAGCAGCGGCAACGCGAGUGAAGUUUCCGUCGCCUGUCUGACAGAACGGAUACACCAGAUGGAAGAGAACCAGCACAGCACCUCCGAGGAACUUCAAGCCACUCUGCAAGAACUGGCCGAUCUGCAACAGAUCACCCAAGAGCUGAACAGUGAAAACGAAAGGCUCGGGGAAGAGAAGGUUAUUCUGAUGGAAUCUCUGUGUCAGCAGAGCGACAAGUUGGAACACUUCAGCCGGCAGAUCGAAUACUUCCGGGCCCUGCUCGAUGAGCAUCACAUUUCUUACGUUAUCGACGAAGACGUGAAAAGCGGGCGCUAUAUGGAAUUAGAGCAGCGGUACAUGGAUCUAGCGGAGAACGCCCGUUUUGAAAGGGAGCAACUCCUCGGUGUCCAACAGCACUUGAGCAAUACUCUGAAGAUGGCCGAGCAAGAUAACAAGGAAGCCCAAGAAAUGAUAGGGGCACUCAAGGAACGCAACCAUCACAUGGAACGGAUCAUUGAGUCCGAACAGAAGAGCAAAGCCGCCUUGGCCAACACCUUGGAUGAGUAUAAAGCCACCGUGGCCAGUGACCAGAUCGAGAUGAACCGCCUGAAAGCCCAGCUGGAGAAUGAAAAGCAGAAAGUGGCCGAGCUGUAUUCCAUUCAUAAUUCUGGGGACAAAUCGGACAUCCAAGACCUCCUGGAGAGCGUGAGACUGGAUAAAGAGAAAGCAGAGGCUUUGGCGAGUAGCCUGCAGGAGGAUCUGGCUCAUACAAGAAAUGACGCCAAUCGAUUGGAGGACACCAUUGCUAAGGUAGAAGACGAAUACCGAGCCUUCCAAGAAGAAGCUAAGAAACAAAUAGAAGAUUUGAAUAUGACACUAGAAAAACUACGGGCAGAGUUGGAGGAAAAGGAGACAGAAAGGAGUGACAUGAAGGAAACCAUCUUUGAACUGGAAGAUGAAGUGGAGCAGCAUCGAGCUGUGAAACUUCACGACAACCUCAUCAUAUCUGACUUGGAGAAUACAGUUAAAAAACUUCAGGAUCAGAAACAUGACAUGGAAAGAGAAAUUAAGACUCUUCAUAGGAGGCUCCGGGAAGAGUCUGCGGAAUGGCGCCAGUUUCAAGCUGACCUACAGACUGCAGUGGUCAUAGCAAAUGAUAUUAAAUCUGAGGCCCAAGAGGAAAUUGGAGACCUAAAGCGCAGACUUCAUGAGGCUCAAGAAAAAAAUGAGAAGCUUACAAAGGAAUUGGAAGAAAUAAAAUCACGCAAGCAAGAAGAGGAGCGUGGCCGCGUGUACAAUUACAUGAAUGCCGUAGAGAGAGAUUUGGCAGCCUUAAGACAGGGAAUGGGAUUGAGUCGCAGGUCAUCCACCUCUUCGGAGCCGACGCCUACUGUGAAAACACUAAUCAAAUCCUUCGACAGCGCAUCGCAAGUACCAAAUCCUACUGUGGCCGCCAUUCCUCGGACUCCUCUAAGCCCAAGCCCUAUGAAAACACCCCCGGCGGCUGCUGUAUCUCCUAUGCAGCGACAUUCCAUUAGUGGACCGAUAUCAGCCUCCAAACCCCUUACCGCUCUGUCCGACAAAAGACCAAGCUAUGCAGAAAUCCCUGGUCAAGAGCAUUUGUUAAGGACAUCUUCUACCAGCAGACCAUCCUCUUUACCAAGAGUACCUGCUAUGGAAAGUGCUAAGUCUAUCUCAGUGUCUCGGAGGAGUAGUGAAGAAAUAAAGCGGGAUAUCUCUGCACCGGAUGGAGCCUCUCCAGCCUCUCUCAUGGCAAUGGGAACUACAUCGCCACAACUGUCUCUUUCCUCCUCCCCGACCGCAUCCGUCACUCCGACUACCCGGAGCCGAAUAAGGGAAGAAAGGAAGGACCCUCUCUCAGCCCUGGCAAGAGAAUAUGGUGGAUCAAAGAGAAAUGCCCUGCUGAAAUGGUGCCAGAAGAAAACCGAAGGAUAUCAGAAUAUUGACAUCACCAACUUCAGCAGCAGUUGGAACGACGGCCUGGCCUUCUGCGCUCUCUUGCACACGUAUCUUCCAGCCCACAUCCCGUAUCAAGAACUGAACAGUCAAGACAAGAGAAGAAAUUUCACUCUGGCCUUCCAAGCAGCAGAAAGUGUUGGCAUCAAAUCCACCCUGGACAUCAAUGAAAUGGUGCGAACAGAACGCCCAGACUGGCAGAAUGUCAUGCUGUAUGUUACGGCAAUAUACAAGUACUUUGAAACCUGAAUCUCGCACUGGGUGGAAGGCUUGAGGCCAUGGUAGGCAACCUCUUUUCUUGCAACACUAAUCCCAGCUCGAUCGAAUGGGCCCACACGACAGACCUCCACCCUUUCUCGAUACCAGUUGUGAACACUCUUGAAGUACUUCAGCCUGUAAAGCUUGGAACACCCAUGUUAGAAGCCACCGUUAGUUUCUCCCGUGCCUGGAAUAGACCAAGUCCCUGACCUAAGGAGCCAUCACGGUUACUUCUGGAUUACGUGGUAGCCGGGGGAUGUCAGGACUCGAGGUGUGCCAGGGUUUCUUCCCGAAGUUUUCACGCGAGCAAGACUGUUUGGAACUACUUCCGUGCUGCGGUUUUAUAAAAGACUCAUUUGCCAUUCAACAUGUACAGAGUUAGAAAACUUUGUUAGAAAGCUGCAGAAGUUUAGUGAAGGUUUUAUCAACCCUACUCAAAGAUUUCACAAAAUAAGUACAGUUCUAAAUAGUCAUUGCAGAAGAACGUUACUGCCUUAAAAAGGUUUUUCCUGUUUUCCUUUGGGCACCGUGAUCUAGGAAAAUGGGUUUUUAUUCUGUUAAGCUAGCCAGAGCUGAGUGCAAAGGCACCUCGACAAAAUUCGCCUACCAGUACUCGCCAACGUAAAGUAUUCUGAUAAGCCAAUGUGAUCGUCUGACUUCAGGCUACGUUUUACCUAUUAGGAGGACUUUGGCAGAGCCCACAGAAUUCUUGGCUUUCCGGAUAUACUGUAAUUAAGUGAGUUUUUAUUUAUACGGUUCCAUUGUAAGUAAAUAUUUAAAAUGAAGAAUUUUUUCCACUCUGCUCAUCCUUCUCCUCUCCUUUCUUUGCCAGCCAGAUCCUACCUUUAACGCAUUGCAGGUUUUCUUGGGUCCACUUCUGGGUGUUUGCGGAUGGGCAUCAGAUUGGUUACAGAGAGCUUCUGGAUGCAGAGUUUUCUGAAACUAGCAAUAACGGGAAAAUGAGAGUUGUUUUUGACCACCGAAGUUCAAAUUUCUUCUCAACCUUAAACUUUAAAAGAUCGAGUCUGUAAGCUCAGUGUGGGCAGGUAUUAUGUCAAACAGCUCUAUUUUAUUGAACUCUCCCAAGUGCUUAGUACAGUGCUCUGCACCCGGUAAGCACUCAAAUACCAGAAAAAAGGUUUGAUGCCAAGCAGGGUAGGAGCUGAGAAAAAAGCAAGAGCUAGAGGAAGAGAGAGGGGAAAAAUUGCUUUUCCAGAUGCCACGGUGGUACUGCUUAAUAGCACCCCUGAAUUCACAUGGGAUAAGCCCUCUGGGCAACAAGAAAGUGCCUUAACUCUUGUUGAAAGCUUGGACUGUGGAGCUCUGGGGCGUUGGGCAGAGACUAUGCCGCUUACAUAUAUGUGUCUCCUCCGGUAUAACAUCAGGUUGGCUUUUUUUAUGUCUUCCAGAAUGCAAAAAAUCGAAACAACAAAAAAACCCAAAACUGGGUGUAGCAGUGACACUACCAUUGUGCUUUUGUGCUUUAACAAGAUGUGUAGAAACAGUCCAGCUACAUCAAAAAGGCUUUAUCCUGUUACAAUUAUUAUCAGCUGGUGGACACAGUGAGCCUGCAACUCUUAAUGGAAGCCUGGCGAGUGGAUGGAUGAAUAAAUGAGUGAGUGAGUGAGCGAGUGGCAGCUAUAUUUAAAUGACCCCUGAAAAAAGCUGGCAAUGUGGGAAGGAAAUAUUGCAGCCUACUUUGGGCUAACUUACUGAAGUUUGGAAUUCAGACAUAACCAUUUCGCAACUCAAAUUCAAACACAUCCUUAUGUUCCAGGCAAGAGAGUGGAUGUGAGUGUGUGCAUUUUAGAAGUAGUAGAUGCCUGAUCAAUAGCUAUUUAAUUCAGGUGUGCAACACUAAGUCUCUGAAGUUUUUUUAUUCUGGUGACUUACACUGUUUCCUCUCAGAUUGAGAGGCUUUUAUUAAGCAGCCCUGCUAAUCACUGAAUAUACUGAGUGAACCAGUUUGAAGACCCUGAUCAUCUUCAGGCUGUAGAAGAGAGCUGUUUGGAAAGAAACUGUGCUAAUGAAGAAAGGCUUUGGACAGAUUGAAAUGUCGUUUUCCCCAGUUUAAUUGUUGUGUUUCUGUUUUCCUUCAAUUCAUUGUCAUGAAGUAGGAGUUGUGAUGAGUGAGUGAUUCUAACCGAUCAUGUAUGUUACACUGUCACAAACAGUAGUCAGCAUCACCCCGUUUCCCAUGUUAACACAUGUAGGCCUUUAAGGAGGUUCUGUCCUUCUGGGCUCAUUCUGUCUUAUAUGCAGUUGUGCUUGUUUAAUUUAUGACAUUGUAUUUGGGUCGGGGGGAGGGGAGAGGGGAACCCCUUUGUUCAUAAGGUAGCAUCCUUCAGUCUUAAAUUGACCGCUUCUUUUUCCUUCUUGACAGUAAACCUAAUCCCGGGUUUUGCUACUUCUUUAAGCCCAUUGGAGUUGAUGCAAUUAGGGUUCUGGAGAGAGCCAUUUCAUACUGAUUGGAUUCAUUCAUUGGAUCGCUUAAUUGAUCCACUUCAUUCUUGGUUAGAUAACCCAACAGGAAAGGAAGGAACAUAUUAAAAAAUGUAGUAGGUCUUUCCUACCCCCACUGCCCUGAUGAUAGCUGCUUAACAGCAUUCCCAAAGCUUUAUUCUGUCCAGGUAGAGCUUUUGUUCUCAUUCCCUCUACAAUUUCUCUCAUCCAGAAUCCAGUGUGCAAACUGACACUACCUAAAUGUGAUCUCCCAAACGGGCUUCUUCUAGAAAUUCCCCCUCUACCUUUUAGGAUAGAAUGUUUAUGCCAUUCUUAAGGUGCAGGGGUUGGUGGGGGAGAAGAAUAAUAGGAAACAUAGAUUGAGAAAGAGACUUUACAGCAAUGUUGUGUGGCUGAAAUCAAAGCAAUUUUUUGCUUUUCAUUAUACGAAAAUAGGAAAAUCUUAAUGUGCACCCUUUCCCCGCUCCUCCCCGAACCUAAGAAAGUAAUAUUGCGUCUUGGCGUUCUGCCACAAGCUUUGCUGCGAAAGGGCCAGUUAUGUGAUAUUAUUGUAGAUCACAGGCUUCUGCUGUUUGAUUGUACCGUUUUUUUUUAUCUUGUAUUAAAUGUUUUGGAAAGUAUUAAAACCGUUAAACAUGUUGAGAAUGA